AUGUUGUCGACGCCCCGCUCGACGCGUAGCAAGCCUGCCGUUUCCGGCGUGCGCUCUGCGACGACCUGUCCCGACCCGCUGGGCUGUGGACGCUUGCAGCCGUCAAGGCCCGUUUCACCCGGGUUACCGCUUUGGUAUAUCGGUGCCGGGCCCAGAGGCCCUGCUGGUGCAGCACCUUUAUCUUGCCCCUCAAAAAUUGGCACCGCAAAAUGCGGGCCUGCGUUUAUUUAUUUUGCGGCCGGUGUUUCAGAAGCCCCGCGGAUCUGGAAACGCCCGCCGCCCAGACGGGGCCACCGGCACCGGCGUUCCGCAGCUAUCUCGGGCGACUUUGACGUUCAGGAGUUUGGACUGCUGCCCCCCAUGAUGUCCAAGUCUGUGCCCGGGUCCGCCUCAUGCUCGCUCUCCGGCUCUUCCUGCGGCUCUCCCCUGAAAAGCCCGCUUGGCCAGCUCGCAGCCGAGGACUCCACGCUGUCCGGUAGGCAGAAAAUUUUGCUCACGUCGACGCCGGCGUCCGCGCACGAGGACCCGCGCACGCGGUACUUCAUCACCGAGGACACCAAGUUCGAGUCCGGCUCGAGCGUGCCGCGCGCGGUGAUCGACCUCGAUGAGGUGUUCAUGGGCUCGCGCGCGCCCGCCAGGAAGACCAGCAGAACGAUGUCCGCUCCCGAACUGGAGAGCUUCCACAUACCCAAACACUCGCUGCUGUGCUCGCCCAAGAAGAGCGACGUCGCUAUCGCAGAGGAGAUCACGGAGGAGGACUUCGAGGACUUCGAGGGCUCCGAACGGCUGCUCACCAAGACGUCCACCCAGAACUCCGAGCUCUCGUCGACCAACUCCGGCAAGGGCACGCCGCUGCAGGCGGGCGUGCUGCUCGGCGACAACUCCUCGUCCAAUUCGCUCAACUCGCAGAGUUCCAGUAGCUCGCUGCAGAAAAACUUGGCCAUCGUCAACACUCCAAGCGUCUCCAGCCUGCGUGGCAAGGUCAGAUACCAGUCCUACUACAACUCGCAGCAGAAAAUCAAUACCCAGGCCGCGUCCACGCCGUCCAGCACCGCAACGGCAGACUCCGACAGGUUUGGCCGCCGGCCUUGUCUGAUGGCGCCGUCGUCGUCGUCGUCUCCUUCCUCGGCCUUCCGCGGCGCGUCCAAGUCGCGCUCGCCGAUCCGCAACCUCAGAUACCAGACCCCGCCCCAGAAGAACCCGUUCCAGUUCGAGCCCGUCCUCUACGAGAUCCCCAAGUCGUUCCACAGAGACCACGGCUAUACGGCCUCCAUGUCGAACCCGAGCGUCGCCAAGCUGGACGAGCCUGUGGCAGAGCCCAAGAUGGAGGCCCACAAGCGGUCGAACUCGCUGUUCAGCACCCUGUCGUCCAAGUUCCACCACCGGCGCAAAUCGUCGCUGCUGUCCACGAGGUCCUCGCCGCACAAGGCCUCCAUCAUCGAGAAGACUACCGACGAGGUGUUUGGGCUCCACGAAUACGCGCACGCCAACGACUCGACUCUGCUUUUUGACGACCAGACCCUGACAGAAGAGGUCAUUGGCGAGCCGGGUCCCAUGAUCGAGGUGGUGGAGCCCAAGCCCGUGCCGGCGCUCGGCCGGCUCUCGAAAAACGGGCCGCUCAAGAAGCACUCCAAGAGCCGCAGCACGAGCUUUAUCACCUUUUCCAGCUACGAUUCGAAAAGAAGCGGAACCACCGGGGCCAGCCGUUUUUUCAGUUGGAUGAUCAAGUCCCACCGGGGUGAGCGAGCCGCAGAUAAUUAA